AUGGAGGGUGCCAACGCACAACACUCUGCCACUACUACGAAGAAAUCCCGCAUCGACCACCAAUCUGCUGCGAAACCUGCACUUGCAUAUGCCAAGUCCACCCGUCCUACACAAAUCAGCCGACUUCCUGGCAGUCGAAACGGAUCCCUUGAUGCUGACUCUAGAAAAGCAGCAUUGGGGAAGUUACACAGUUGGAGGAUUGAAGCAUGGGCAGAUGACGACCAACCCCGCUACUCACCGACAUUCAUUAUCAUGGACGAGGAAUUGAAGAAAUUGACGGAGCGCAUGCAUGUGGCAAGCACCCGUGAACGAUUUGACCUCAUCGCAGCUGGAUGGAUAUCGUACCCGAACAUGUCUCAGACACACUUGAAUAGCCUUUGGGAGGCUGUGGUGGAAAUCCUAGCAGUUGAGACGGCAGCAACAAUGGAACGGAAGAGGGCUAAAAAGGGGAAAGGGAAGGAAAGGAAACGCUUCAGCCUAAGAGUGAUAUAUCAGCAUGUGGGGUAA